AUGACAAUCGUCUCAGAAGAGGAAAUGAAGGAGCACGGACAAUACAUCCUUGUCGAAGGAUUCAAGGGAUGUUUGGUUGGUGCUGCAAUUGGUGUUGGUAUCUUACAAUAUACAAAGUUCAAGCGUCCAAUUCGUUAUGCCAGAAUGGGUUCUUCCAUCAGAGCCGCAAUAUUUGCUAUCCCAACCAUUGGUGUUGGAGCAUUCAUGGCUGAUAACGGGUCAGUGAAGUUUGACGAGAAUAGAUAUCAACUGGAGUACUUGCAAUUGAAGCAAAAGGAGGAGAUGGAGAAUUUCAACAAGUUAUCAACAACAGAUAAGAUCUUGCAUCAAUUGAAUGAGAACAAGUACAAAAUCGUUGUCUCAGCUUGGGCUGCUUCGUUGUAUGGCUCAUGGAGAAUUGUAAACAGAGAUCAGUACAUGACUAGAGCACAAAAGUUGGUGCAGGCCAGAGUUUAUGCACAGGCCAUCACUGUUGUCUUGUUACUUGGUACUAUUUUGUUAAGUAUGCAUGAGGAAGACUUGAAAAAGAAGCAGCCUCCACCAAUCCCCAACUGGAAAAGGGAAUUACAAGAACAAGGCAAAAUUGAAUAA